GAACAGCUGAGGAUGGGCGGAUCCCCCCGAUCGGCCUAAUCCAUAGCUUAUUCCGGACGGGGCGAGUGACUGGCAGGGACCCUAACCCUAGUGCUCAAAGAGGAAAUCCCUGCAUGAGGAUGAAUAAAAUUGUGUUCGCCAUUUUAUGCAGAUCAUGAACAAGUUCCUUUGAUUUGGGUCAGAUGCAAUGCAAUCUUGCGCUCGUUCCCCAGCUGCCUCGUCAUCUUCACAGCAGACAUACUCGCAUCAUCGCCGAGCCCCCGCAGAUGAGACGCAUGGGCUCCGGCAUCGGAGACUCCGUUGGAGAAUGAAACUCACGGUGGACGUGCUCCAUUCACCCCCACCUCAAGAGGCGGAGAAUCACCGGCGAAGCAAAACGGGGAUGAGUUCUUGGACCUUCCUGAUCGGGACAGAAACGGAAACAAAUCCGGUCAAAAGACAGGGAAAGUUAGUCAGCUCGACAUACCUACCUUUUUCCGUUAUGGGUAACCAUCGCCAUCCAUCAAGGGAUCAGAUCUGAUCCCAUCCAGAUCAUCCGAUCACUGGUGAAAUGGCGACGGAUGAUGGUUUCGUCUGCACACCAUCAUGAACAAUUGCUCCUGCUCU